AUGAGCGAGAUCACCCACCCCACCAUUAAGGAUGGAUGGUUUUCUGAAGUCUCGGACAUGUGGCCUGGUCAGGCCAUGAACCUCCGUGUCAACCAGAUUCUUCACCAUGAAAAGUCUGAUUACCAAGACGUCCUCGUCUUCGAGAGCAGUGACCACGGCACUGUUUUGGUCCUGGAUAAUGUUAUCCAGUGCACCGAGCGAGACGAAUUUUCUUACCAGGAGAUGAUCACCCACCUCGCCAUGAACUCCCACCCCAACCCCAAGAAAGUGCUCGUUAUCGGUGGAGGGGACGGCGGUGUCCUUCGAGAGAUUGUCAAGCACGAUACUGUCGAAGAAGCCGUGCUAUGUGAUAUUGACGAGGCCGUCAUCCGAGUGUCUAAGAAAUACCUCCCCGGAAUGAGCGUCGGAUUCCAGCACCCCAACGCCAAGGUCCACGUCUGUGACGGUUUCAAGUUCCUCGAGGAACAGAAGAACCAAUUCGACGUUAUUAUCACCGAUAGCUCCGACCCCGAGGGCCCAGCCGAGGUUCUGUUCCAGAAGCCAUACUUCGAGCUUCUACAUGGCGCUCUCCGUGAAGGAGGUGUCAUUAGUACUCAAGGUUGUUCGUCGCCUCUCCGUCCUUUAUGA